AUGAAGAGCAUAAAAAACGGAAUGUAUAAUUUUAAUACAUCAAAAGAGGACCCAUUUGGAAAAGCACCAGCUGGAUAUGUGGCUGGGAAGGGAAGAGGAGUAACAGGUUUUUCCGGAGGUGUUAGUAGAGAUGAUAUUACAGAAGAUAGAGAUAAAAAUGAUUAUUCCGACUUUAACUAUGAUGAAUUUCAUGGUUAUUCAGAAUCAUUAUUUAAAGAUACUGAAUAUGAUGAAGAAGAUAAAGAAGCUGAUGAUAUUUAUGAAUCUAUUGAUUCUCGUAUAGAUGUGAGAAGAAAAAGUAGAAGAGAAAAUAAAUUAAAAGAAGAAAUUUUAAAAAUGAGAGCACAAAAACCAACUAUACAAGAACAAUUUAGUGAUUUAAAAAAAAAUCUAGCUAAUGUUACAUUAGAAGAAUGGGAAUCAAUACCAAAUGUUUUAAAUUAUUCUCGACAAAAACAAAAAAAAAUGCCAAAAAAUUAUUUACCAGCUCCAGAUAGUCUUAUUAUGAAUAAAUUAAAUGAAUCAAAUUCACAUCUAAAUUAUUCUGCAUCUUCAGAAAAUAAUAAUGGUCUUAAAACGCCUCUAGGAAUCAAAACCCCUCUUGGAAUCAAAACUCCUUUAGGUCUCUAUACACCUAUAGGUUUAGGUUUCCAAACUCCUUUUCUAAGAAAUUCAAAAAAUUCAAUAAAUACAGGUAUUGAUACACCCUUAUUUGGAAAAAAUAAUAAAAGUGGUUCAAUUAACAGUGGAAUAAAUACACCAUUUACUCUCUCUGGGUAUGCAACACCAUUUGCAAUCUCUGGAUAUACAACACCUUUAAAUGCUUCAAAUAUUAGUGGAUAUAAUACACCAAUAGCAAAUGGAGGAAUUAAUAAUGGAAGUAAUGGAAAUAUGUUAUCUUUAAAUGAUUUAGGCGAAGCUAGAGGCACUGUACUUUCUGUAAAAUUAGAUGAACUUAUUGAUAAUGUAGAAGGACAAACUGUUAUUGAUCCUAAAGGGUAUCUAACAAAUUUAAAUGCAAAAAAUUUAACUAAUGAUUCUGAUAUAGCAGAUAUUAACAAAGCAAGAUCAUUGCUAAAAUCUGUUAUAAAUACAAAUAGAAAACAUGGUCCUGGAUGGAUUGCAGCUGCAAGAGUUGAAGAGCUAGCUCAAAGAAAAGAUAAAGCAAAAGAAAUAAUUAUGAAAGGUUGUAUUGAAUGUUCUAAAAAUGAAGAUGUAUGGUUAGAGGCUGUGAGAUUAGAAGAUAAAUUAAGUGAAUCUAAAAUAAUAUUAACAAAAGCAAUAAAAAAUAUUCCUACAUCUGUUAAAUUAUGGUUAGAAGCAUAUAAAAAAGAAAAAAAUGUUCAAGAUAAAAGAAAAGUUUUACGAAAAGCAAUUGAAUGUAUUCCUAAUUCAGUAGUUUUGUGGAAAGAAGCAAUUUCUCUUGAAAAUGAAAAUAAUGCAUAUAUUUUACUAAAACGAGCUGUAGAAUGUAUACCUCAAUGUAUAGAGAUGUGGAUUGCAUUAGCAAGAUUAUGUAAAUAUAGUGAAGCACAAAAAGUUUUAAAUGAAGCUAGAAAACAGAUUCCAACAAGUGCAGAAAUAUGGAUCAAUGCAUCUAAAUUAGAAGAGAAACAAGGUAAUAUUAAUAUGGUUGAUGUUAUUAUAAAGAGAUGUAUAGAAAAUUUAUCUCAAAAAAAUGUAAUACAUGAAAGAGAUAAAUGGAUCAAAUUUGCUGAAGAAUGUGAAAAAUCUGAUUUUUUGCAUACAUGUCAAAGUAUUAUUAAAAAUACUAUGAAUAUUGGUGUUGAAAAUUUAAAUAAAAAAAGAAUUUAUAAACAAGAUGCACAAAAUUGUAUAAAUAAUAAAUCAUUACAUACAGCUAGAUGUAUAUAUAAUGAAGCUUUAAAAAUUUUUAAAACAAAAAAAUCUUUAUGGUUAGAUUUAGCUAAUUUAGAAUUAACACAUGGUAAUCAAACAAAUGUAGAUGAUGUUUUACAACGAGCUGUUAAAAAUUGUCCACAUUCUAGUGUUCUAUGGUUAAUGUAUGCAAAACAAAAAUGGUUAAAUAAUGAAAUAGAUGCAGCUAGAAAAAUAUUAGCAGAAUCAUUUAUGCAUAAUCAAAAUACAGAAGUAAUAUCAUUAGCAGCUGUUAAAUUAGAAAGAGAAAAUAAUGAAUUUGAAAGAGCUAGAAUACUUUUAAAAAAAUCAAGAGUACAAUGUAAUACUCCAAAAAUAUGGAUGCAAUCUGUACAAUUAGAAAGAUUAUUAGGAAAUUAUAAAGAUGCAAAAGAGCUAAUUUAUGAAGGUUUAAAAAUUCAUAAGAAAUUUGAUAAAUUAUAUAUGAUAGCAGGACAAAUCGAAUUGGAAAUGGCUAAUUUAAAAGAAAAAAAUGUUGAAGAUAAUAAAGAAAACCAUCUUAAUAAUGCUUAUGAUAAAGCACAACAAAUAUAUCAACAAGGUUUGAAAUAUUGUCCAGAAUCUAUUAAUUUGUGGUUAUGUGCUAUUGAUUUACAAAUUACUAAAAAAAGCUAUACAUCUGCUAGAGCAUUAGUAGAAAAAGCAAAAAUAAAAAUUAAAAACAUACAUUCAUUAAGUGUAAAUACCAAAGUGUUAAAAAAUAAAGAAAUUAUAGAAAGUAAUGAACAAUAUAUACAUGAUGAAGAAAUAGGAAAUAAUUUAAAUCACACAAAAAAUGAUGAUAACAAUAAUGAUAAUAUAUCAAAUAGUAAAAAUGAAUUAGAAAAUAAAAAUAUUAAUGUAAAUGCAUCUGUAAAAGUUAUUGAAAAUUAUGAUCUACUUUGGUUAAAACUUAUUGAAAUAGAAUUGUUAUGUAAUAACAUAAAUAUAAAUCCUAUAAUUUCAGAAGCUUUAAAAGAAUGUCCAACUUCUGGAAUAUUGUGGUCAAAAGCUAUAGAAUUAGAAAAUAAAAAUUUACAAAAUAGUAAAUCUGUUACAGCUUUUAAUAAUUGUGGAAAUAAUUCUUAUGUUAUUUUAAUUGUCGCUAUUAUAUUUUGGAAUAAUUAUAAAAUAGGUAAAUCAAGAAAAUGGUUUUACAGAGCUAUUACUUUAAACCCUUCUUUUGGUGAUGGGUGGGCUACAUUUUUAGCCUUCGAAAUUGAUCAAGAAAAUGAAAUUAACCAAAAGGAUAUAAUUAACAAAUGCAUAAAGGCGGAACCCAACCGAGGAUAUAUGUGGAACAAAAUUACAAAACGAAUAGAAAACUGGAGACUGAAUUACCCACAAAAAAUGUACAGAUAUAUUAAAGAGCGUUUUCCUCAUGUUUUAAACAAACCAAUUUCUGACACCAUAUGGAAAAUUAUCAAUGACGAAAAUGUUACUUUACCUACUAUAAAAACGGAAGAUAGUUCCAAAACUGCUGAAAAUUCAGAACCGAUUCAAAAGUCAGACGAAAAUACAACAUUAGAUCAACCAAAUGAUGAGGAUGCUACAUUAGAUAAUUCAAAGAAUAAUAAAAGAAAAGAAACAAAUUCGAAAAAUACCGAAACAGCGAAAAAAAAUAAAAAAACAAAAAAUUAA